AAGGAGGCGGAAGUGACGACCGGUUCGCAGCCUCGGCAGGCGCUGCCAGUUAAAGGCUGAGUGUACUGUUCUGCAGCAGGGUUGGUCCCUCACUUCUCGGAUAUCACCGAGAGCACAGUGUUCUCCUUAGCAACAAAACUGAGUUGUACAUUUUAGAAGAAUGGAGACUGAUACAUCUGUUGACAUGUUUUCAAAAGUCCUGGAGAAUCAGCUGCUUCAGACUACCAAACUAGUAGAGGAACAUUUGGAUUCUGAAAUUCAGAAACUGGAUCAGAUGGAUGAAGAUGAAUUGGAGCGCCUCAAAGAAAAAAGACUUGAGGCACUAAGGAAAGCUCAACAGCAGAAACAAGAAUGGCUUUCAAAAGGACAUGGGGAAUACAGAGAAAUUCCUAGUGAGAGAGACUUUUUUCAAGAAGUCAAAGAAAGUAAAAAAGUGGUUUGCCAUUUCUACAGAGAUACCACAUUCAGGUGUAAAAUAUUAGACAGACACUUGGUGAUUUUGUCUAAGAAACAUCUUGAGACCAAGUUUUUGAAGCUGAAUGUGGAAAAAGCACCUUUCCUUUGUGAGAGACUGCGUAUCAAAGUCAUCCCCACACUAGCACUGGUAAAAGAUGGAAAAACCCAAGAUUAUGUUGUCGGAUUUACUGACCUAGGAAAUACAGAUGACUUCACCACAGAAACUUUAGAAUGGAGGCUUGGUUGUUCUGAUAUUAUUAACUAUAGUGGAAAUUUAAUGGAGCCACCAUUUCAAAGCCAGAAGAAAUAUGGAACAAAUUUCACAAAGCUGGAAAAGAAAACUAUCCGAGGAAAAAAAUAUGAUUCAGACUCUGAUGAUGAUUAGAGAUCAGUUAUAAUUCUUUGUAAUUCAUCUUUUUAUUUUGCUUCAGAAUUAGCUGUGUUUUCUAAAUUUUAUUGAUUUCGAUAUAUUGGUCAUCUAAUGUUCAUAUUCUAGCAUUUUAUACAAUUGCAUCACAAUGAAAGAUAUAUUUAAUAUUUUCAGUAUGAAACGCAUCUUUAUGUUGAGGAAAACUGAAUGCUCUAUUUUUUAGAUUGGUUUUGUCACACACACAUGAGUCUUACAUCUUUUUACCAUUUCACAAUUGUGUUUUUAAUCUACUGGAUUGGAAAUAAAAAUUCAACAGCCAACUCUU